AUUGCUAAAUUUGUUGCCUCUAAUUUUCCGCCGCGGAGGCGAAAAAGAGACAUUUAGCAAUUCAAGUCGAGCAGGUCUGUUCUGCUCUAUGAAGAUUGCUAAUGGGUAAGUCUUCAAACGAAACUCCAACUCGAUGUUUCAUUGAGACACCUAUGAUGAUACUCAUUGGUGAACAAAAUACGCCUUAAGCCUUCAACAUUUUGGCAAACAUUCUGCUCACGUUCACCGCAGUUUUGGGAAAUGUUUCGAUUCUUCUCAGCUUCGUCUAUGUGCCCUCCUUGCGAUCAAUCUCAAAUUAUCUUAUUUUUGGUUUGGCCUUGACUGAUCUUGGAGUAGGAUCCAUCGUCCAUCCACUGUACAUGUUUGUUUUAUUUUCCGUUUACAAGAACAGAGUUCCUCCCUGUUCGGUUUUGGCAGCUUACAGCAUAGCGACUUCCUUUCUAAGUGGCAUUUCGCUCCUUUAUAUCACAAUCAUUGGGCUGGAUAGAUAUUUGGCGAUUAAACUGCACCUUCGAUAUCGACUACUGGUGACGGAAAAAAGAGUUGUUAUUAUGCAGAUGGCUUUGUGGUUAAUAAACUUUCUCCUUAGCCUUGUUUGGCUAAAGGGAUUUCGUGUUUACUCGACGUUUGCAGCAGUUGUUGUAUCUGUGUCCCUUCUCGUCACUUUUUUCGUAUAUUUAAAAGUAUAUCAAGUUGUUAAAAGGCAUAAAGUACAAAUUCAAGAUCAAAUGGAGUCACAGAUGUCGCAGUUUGAAAUUUUUCGUUCAAAGCGUUUACGAAGGUCUGCCAUAAACACACUUUAUGUUUUCUUCAUGUUUUUACUCUGCUAUCUUCCAUUUUGUGUAAUUACCGUCCUCAACAACAUCUCAAAUUAUUCGAGUAAAACUAACAUAUUAGCCUUCGAGUUUUCUGCAACACUUAUGCUUUCAAAUUCAUCCAUAAACCCCGUAAUGUACUGUAUGCGUCUUCCAGGAUUCAGGACUGCAAUCAAGAAAACGUACCGCGGAAUACUUUGCUAAAAAAUUUCUUAGGCUUGAGUCGAAGCUCCCUUACUAGCUGUCUUAAAUACAUUUCGUAUAUUAUAAAAACGCCAAAAAGCAUCCUUCGUAGAUUACAUAGCCUACUUUAUUUAUAAAUGCUGAUAGUUUUGAAAGA